CGUUCUUGAUUACUAAUUAAAUUUAUUAUCUCUUUUGGGAUUACAAGAAUUUCACAUUUUUCGUUUUAUUAUCUCUUUUAGGAAUAUAACUUAUUAUCUCUUUUGGGUUUACUCAGUUUAUUAUCUCUUUUGGGGCCAAGCGAUUUAUUUACUAUACUCACAAUUAAAUUUGAUAAUAUAUCCAUUUAAAUCAGAAAGAGAUUAUUUAUUCUUUUCUUUACUGUUGUUGAUUAUCAAACUUCAAAAACAAUGUUUAUGUAAUAAUCAGUUAUCAAUCAUUGGAGUUCCUGAAUCAUUCAUUUGAUUUAGUCUACUAUGUCUGAAUAAAUUCUUUCGUGCCAACAAUCUGUUCUCAUUUCUGUUGAAUGUAGAAUUAGAUGGUAGUGACCAUGGUUCAAUAUCACUAUUUGAUAAAGGAGAUCUUGUGAAAUAGCACAACUUAAAAGAUUCAUAGUAUCUUGCUCUUAAUAUUUUUAUUUGAUUUUUUUGUUGAAUACAGUCAACCAUAUACCAUAGUUAUCAUCCAUAUAUUUAUGAAAACGAAUUUUUCUUUAGCAACAAACUAUUCAACGUUUAUGUUAUCUUCGUCAACAACAAUUAGAAAAAGUUGAAGAAAUGAUAAAGUUAGAAGUACGAAUUCUUUGUAGAAUCUUACCUAAAUCUAUGAAUGAAUUAGACCAAUUAAUUCUAUCUAAUCAAUUACCCCCAUGUAAUACAAAUUCUCCCAACGACAACAGCAAUUUCCUUUAUGAAAUGAUCAAGAGACAUCAAAAAUGGAUACAGGAUUAUAAACGUCAAAUUCUUGCUAAAAAUUUGGAAGAAUAUGAAUCGGCCAUCAAAAUGAAUUUUUAUAUCAAGAAGAAUUAUUCAAUUUUGAAUUUCAAUUAUCUAAUGAAGAAAAUGAUCAAAACCAGUAAUAAUUUGAUGAAUUGCCUCUAUAAUUAUUUAAAUUGUCAAACGAUGAAUAAAAUACGUGAAAUACGUUUUAAUGAAACUAUUUUUCGUUAUAAAUUAUUACAUCCUUGUCAUCGUCGAUCAUCACUGACAAGUUAUAAUAAUACAAUUAGUAUUUAUCCAGAAGCUAUUAUUGAAAUAUUCGAAAAACUAUUUACUAAGAAAGAAUUAGAUUUACUUUCAUUAUUAGGAAGACCCAAUUAUAUUAGACUUAAUCAAAUUUCUGUUAAGAAAAAGAAAAAUAUUCAACAUCAACAUAGCACAAUUAUGGAUAAACUUGCCUCUGAUCUUUAUCGUCAUCAUGGUUUACCAACAAGAGUAUCCAUUCUGAAAAAAUUUAGUGAUCAACUUGAAGUAAUUUUUAAUCAAUAA